UGUCAAUCAUUGGGUCCCGGCUGGCGAUUCCUGGCCUGCACUCGGCGAUCAUCGGGUAAAGGUGACAGGAGAGAGACCUAUGUAUAAACAACACUGGUCUCUCUCAUGUCAGCAUGGAAAUGUUUCCCUAGUAAAACACAGCACACAGUGAAACAAACACAGCACACAGUUAACCCUUUGAUCACCUCACAUGUUAACCCUCUUCCUGCCCAGGUACUUUUACCCCCUUCCUGCCCAGGCCAAUUUUCAGCUUUCAGCACUCACACUUUGAAUGACAAUUGCACAGUCAUGCAACACUGUACCCAAACUAAAAUGUCAUCAUUUUCUUCA